AGCUAGCGACGCGCACGGAACAAGAACUAACGAAACCUAGAUCGUGCUGUGUAAUCCUCGAAGUGUUGUUUGUAGCCCUAAAAAUCGCAAUGAUCGAAAGAACGUGGGCCCGUUUUGGCUACUGUAUGCGCGGUCGUCGGAAACUAGAGCCGUAGGAGAACGUUCCUACCCGCUACUCGACGCUCUCAGUCGGGUCGCGAUGGGCUCCAACGCUUCCGUAUUGCAAUGGCACUGCAAAAACUGUACCUCCAUAAACCCGACAGACAGCGGAUCCUGCAUACGCUGCGGCGCAAGUCGAACGGUGCCCGAAGACGACGAUGCAUCCAGGGAACCAUUGCCACAAAACUCCAAGGACGGCUCCUCGAAAUUCACUCUUACAUCACGUCGCGUGGAGAGCCGUGUGGAGCCCGCAGCUCUUUCCGUUGCUCCUGCAAGGAACUCGAGUCAGAGCCCUGAACAGCACAUCUAUGACUUACCCUGUGAUGAUAACACUGCAACUUCUGAAAAACCAGAGAAGAAACCCCGGUGCAUAAGCUGGCAUGGAUUGCCAGAGGACGAAGAUGACUCUGUCAUAGAUGAUAUUCCAGACGACCUUCCCUUACCCCCACCGCCUGAAGAUGCAGAUGAUACAACGGAUUCUUCUGGAGAAUCUGCUAAAGACGACGAGCCCUUAUAUGUAGAGCUUUCCCAGUGCCUAUCUGAAGAUGCUAGUGGUCUCAAUGGCAAUGGUGUUGUAGCAGGAGAAGUUGUUAUCAACGAGAACUUACCAGCAAACUAUCUGGACCACACAUUUGUCAAGUGCAUCAAGAAGAAGAAGCCAAAGAAGGAUGAACCUAGCGAUCCGAGUACACCACCACGUCUCAGCGAAAAGUGGUACUGCUUCCAGUGCCAAGAAUGGAAUUCCUUGUCUAACAAGGUGUGUGCGGCUUGCGGAGAGCCAUUCUGUGAUGACAUUGUUGCCACUGGAACCCUGAACGGAAAAACACUUGGUCGUGAUACAACAAUCAGUUCAGCAGAUUAUGCGACACCGCCGGAAAGCCCAUCGUCUCUUGUACCAACAAUUGAGGAGCCACCACGGCGUAGGCAGCAGCCACUCAUUCGACGAGCUUUGAACAGGCUCUUCAGGCUGAGUGCAGAGGGUGGCGCGCUCGUCUCUGCAAUUGCCAAUGCUCAUUCCGCAGACGAUGUGACACUUCUGGAUUCCCCAUGGGUGUGCAAGCGCUGCUCACGGGACAAUGAGGCAUCGUGCGCAAAGUGCCCCGGCUGUGGGCAGUCGCGCAUGCCAGCGGCAACCUUUCCGCUGUUGCUACCACGCAAUGCAUUCAGCCUCGGCUUUCUGGCCGAAGUUCUGGGUUCUCAGAAGCGCCAUUUUACAGCGCGACGAAGUCGUUCCCUUUCCGAAAGCUCUCCGUCAAGCCCGGCUAUUGGUAAUGGCCUGGCUGCUCCGAAAGAGGAUACAUGGAUGUGUUCGGGGUGCUCCUUCUCUCAAAAUCCAUCCUCAGCCUCGAACUGUGAAGUGUGUGGGACUUCUGAUGGCCGCGGUACCAUUUCACGCUGGGUGUGUGUGAAGUGCACAUUGAUCAACCCAGGUCAGGACCGAUUUUGCAGUGCCUGUGGUGGUUCCAAGCUAAAUAGUGUUGCAGCGAAACGCUACCAGACACUGAAACCUCACGAGAGUUGGGUGUGUCCUCACUGCACCUUGCGUAACCCAAACCACCUCGCUGAGUGCUGUGCUUGCAGUACCCAGCGGCCCUCACUUAUUAACAUAGGAACAGCACGAGCCAGCACUCGCAACCGACGCAUGACCAAAUUACUUGGAGAGCCCGGUGAAGAUGCUUGGGAGUGCCCAUCAUGUACGUUUCUCAAUUCUGGCCCACAUGCAGCUUGUGAAAUGUGCUGUACAUCGCGUAGUCUGGUGUCCCUUCGGCCAGAGGCUGCACGGCCACGGGGCGCCACUGGGCGUGGUGAAAGUGAACUCAUGGAAGAGUUGCGGCGCAUUGAAGAAAGCGAGGCACGAGAGCGGUGGGACCACAUUGUCUCAUUUUGCAAAUCGAAUCGGGAGCCCUUUGUAGACGACUCGUUUCCACCUCUGCUGAAGUCUCUGUACUACAACCCUGAUGAGCCAAGGGAAGAAAUUGCAGUCAAAUGGCUUAGGCCAUUUGAAAUAACCUGUGACCCCAAGGAAUCCAAAAUCUCGUGGACUGUGUUUCGUACCCCAAUGCCAUCUGACAUAUCCCAAGGCAUUCUUGGCAACUGCUGGCUCCUGUCAGCUCUCGCUGUGUUGGCCGAGCAGCCAGAGUUGGUGGAGCGCGUCAUGGUGACUCGCGCCAUCUGUCACCAAGGCGUGUACCAGGUGCGGCUUUGCAAGGAUGGUCAGUGGACGACGGUGCUGCUUGAUGACCUGCUGCCGUGUGAUGCCAAGGGCUGCCUUGUGUACUCCCAGGCUAAACGAAAACAGCUGUGGGUGCCACUAAUUGAAAAGGCCGUGGCCAAGCUUCAUGGCUGCUACGAAGCACUCGUGUCUGGUCGUUGCAUCGAGGGGCUGUCAACAUUCACUGGAGCACCAUGUGAAAGUGUGCCUCUUCAAUACUCGUCUUCUCCAAAUGAAGAAGGCAUUGAUGAGGACCUGAUUUGGGCACAGCUGCUAAGCUCAAGAGCUGCUGGGUUCCUGAUGGGUGCUUCCUGUGGUUCCGGUAAUAUGCAAGUGAAUGACCAGGAUUACCAUGCGGUCGGUCUGCGGCCUCGACAUGCCUAUUCGGUGCUAGAUGUCCAAGACAUUGACGCAGUUAGGCUGGUGCGCCUUCGAAAUCCAUGGGGCCACUAUGCUUGGAGAGGUGACUGGUCUGACAAUUCUCCUCUCUGGACACCAGAAAUGCGAGAAGCGUUAAUGCCGCACGGGGCUGACGAUGGUGUAUUCUGGAUGUCGUUCAGUGAUGUUUUAAAGUUCUUUGAUUGCAUCGACAUCUGCAAAGUGCGGCCCGACUGGAACGAGGUUCGCCUCCAAGGCGUGCUUCCGCCACAGACGGAUAAAGACAGUCAAGCUGUCACCUUGCUUACUGUUCUCGAAGGCACUGAAGUGGAGUUUGGCCUUUUUCAGGAAGGCCAGAGGAGCUCUGAGCGUUCCAGGCGCUGCCAGUUGGACUUGUGCGUGGUUGUGUUCCGGGCGCAGGACCCAGCGGCGGGUCUUGUGGGCCCGCUGGUGAAGCACUCCAAGAGACAGGUUCGCAGCUUCGUCGGCUGCAACGCAGUGCUCGACCCAGGUUCCUACAUGGUCGUGUGCCUUGCCUUCAACCACUGGCACACUAGCCUGCACAAGAUCGACAAUUACCCAAAGUUCCUGCUAGCCAUUCACAGCUCCAAGCGACUGCUGGUCGAGACGGUCAUCCCGCAUGCCAACGUACUGGCCGAUGCCAUCAUAAACCUGACUGUGGCCAAGGGAAGGAGGCAUGAGGGGCGUGAGGGCAUGACUGCCUACUACCUGACAAAAGGCUGGGCAGGCCUGGUGGUGGUCGUGGAGAACCGGUUGCCAGACCGCUUUGUCCAAGUGAUCUGCGACUGUUCUGAAAGCGUCAAUGUGGUCUCCACCAGAGCAACCCUAAGGACUGUCGACAGCAUACCACCUUUGCAUAGGCAAGUGAUUAUUGUGCUCACUCAACUCGAAGGCAGUGGUGGCUUCUCUAUUGCUCAUCGCCUAACCCAUCGGGUGUCCUUCACGGGCGGCCUGCACGACUGGGGGCCCUCAGCGACCAAUCAUGUACCACCCAUCGACCGCAAGGUGUAUGGGCUGCACACUCCAAGGCCUCUCUGAUCGUCUAGUCUGCAGAGGUCUGCCUAAACUCGGGAAGAUCUUUGGCAGUUUUGUACAUUCAAAAGUGCUCGCGUGCGUUUCAGUCGGCUACUAAUACCCCCGAGAGGUCUCUACGGGCUGGUGCAAACUGCCAGUUGGUAUUACAUGGAACAAAUGUGCUGUCACGGUCUUGUGAAGCUGGAUGCUCUGGACUGCGUGAAGCUGCACAUGUGCGAUGCAUUCAUGUGCAUGCCUUUUUACUUUUUUCAAAGGUGAAAGAAGUAGUCACAAAAAUCACUUUACACCCCCCCUUCCCCCCAAAACUGGGAAGUAUUUCUAGCAUAAUGUGCGCGCUUGGCUUUUAACAGGCACCUCUUAGCACACGUUUUGCAAAGAGAAGCACUCAUACUCAUAAUAGCAUUUCUUUAGCACUAAUGUAAAACACACUCACACACACAUUCACAUUGUGCUGCAUUGUUGCAGUGGACAUGUAAAAUGUUUGCGUUUUUGUGGUCCACCUUCAAAAAGUUAAAAAGAACAACAUGCCCUAGGUAACGAUUCUUGAGUGUGUCAGCCGUAACUUAUCUGCCUGACAUUUAGUUUACCUUCGUUUGAAAGGUUAGAAGCUCUGAAUAAAGAGGCUUGCAGCAGCCUUCAUAGCUUGCAUGUCAGUGAGCGGUGCAUUGAUGUUGCACAUCUAAUGGUGCAAUUUCACACAGCAACACUUAACUGGAGUCAUUUGGGCUGUUCCGUCAUCCAGCUCUUGCGUGCUCAAUGUUUGCAGUUGGGAACAGUGCGGAUACAUGUAGCAUUCUUAACAGUGAGUUACAUUGCAUGCAUCGUUAGAAAAGGAAAUUGUCCACCAGUGCAACAGUUAUUGUUGUGGCUGGACAAAUGUUUCACCAUAAAAAGGACAACAUUUUUUGGGCUGCAGGAGAAGUAAUGGCCCACACUCACGAAGCACAAACCCUACAGUUAGAAGCAUUUCAGAGGUGCUUGCCCCAGCGUUGAUAAAUUCUAUACAAGGGCACACACAGUUGGUUCAGCCUGUCAUUAUUGCGAGACAGCAGUGACGCGUGUGAGAUUCAGUCAGCAUUCAACACUUCCCUUAAUUCAAGGCCUUGCUCUCAGAAUUGAGCAAAUUAUUGAAACUCUGUUGCAGCCACCUCUGAACUGCUUCAACUUGAACAUGCGUGUCGAGGAAUUUCGUGCGAGAGACUUGUAGGUUCGGAAUGGAGGAAAAAAAAACGUUCAUUUCCUUUAGGAAACACUUGUUUCUUAUAGUGUGCUGUGGGAGUUUUUUUAGUGUUUAAUAUACGUGAGAAAAGAGUGUGACUGUUAGUCUUGCCAAGUUGGCGCUCUAUUUUUUCUGGCAAGUCUGGUUGCAAGCUUCACCGUCAUCUUUCUCAUGUGCGAAAGGCUGGCUCGGUACCCCAGACACAGAGUGGUUUACUUCUAUAGCGCGAGGCUAUGAUGUUGACUGUGGCAUUUAUGAGCUUUUCUUGCUCAUUGAAAUGAGCCUUGAGGUUUAUUACAUGGUAUUUAGUGUGUACUAAUGUAGCAGGGUCAUAUUAGUGUUGGCAUGUACCAGAAUACCAAAAGCUGUAGAAGCAAACAGCAGUGUGCUUGCAAGUCCUGUCUUGUGAAUACUGUGUCUAAAUUGAGUUGAGUAGUGCUUUUAAUUGAAAUAUGGUCGGCUCUUUCUACUGAUCUCCUGGUACGAUUGGAUUGGCAUAGAUGUAUUACGGUGACUCAAAUUAACUGACUGUUUUCACAAUGGUACAAAUUUGGGAUUACUGUC